AUGUGGUUUCUGUCACUGAAGGAGGUCGCCGUCGGCCUCGUUAUUUUUAGUUCACUGUCUGCAUCACAUGAUGUUGAGUCACGUGAACCAGAUCUCUCAUGGCGCGAUCAUAUCAAGCACAGCGUCGGUCACCAAAACCCGGCUGUUGCUCCACCAGUCGUCGCACCACCAUUAGAGGACUUGGCUGCUAUUCUCGAAUCCAAAGUUGCACCAUCCCAAGGUGUUAACAAUUCGGUUUCUGUAAGCCCCAGAGCAGGUUCUCUUUUUGGCAGAGAUGGCGGCCCUUUGUAUUGCACGAAUGGGCCUUGUGUUGAUGACAGCUGUUGUGGACCAAAGGGAAUCUGCGGCUAUGGGCCCGACUUUUGUGGAACUGGAUGUACAUCAAAAUGUGACGCUCUAGCAAUGUGCGGACAGUACAGCGAGGAUGCUAAUAUGCCUUGCGGAAUGAACCUUUGCUGUAGUGCUACGGGCUGGUGCGGAACCACAAAUGUUUAUUGUAACAAUGCUGAUCCUGCUCACUUGACCCUUCCAUGUCAGGCAGGAUAUGGUUCUUGUGCAAUUUACGGGGCGCCAUCUUGUUCUGAAACUAGUGGCAGCUCCUCAAGGCGCAAGAUUGGCUACUACCAGUCUUGGAAUGUCCGUGAGAGACUCUGUAACAAGGUGUCGCCAAGCCAGCUUAACACUACCGGCUACACUCAUUUGUUCUAUGCAUUCGCAUUUAUCGACCCAAAUACAUUCCGGAUCACCCCUGGCCACAAUGAUGAUCUCACCCUAAUGAAAGACUUUACUAAACUUCAAACAGGCAGUUUAAAAACUUGGAUUGCUAUAGGUGGCUUUGAUUUUAGUGACAUAGGACCAACUCAUACUACAUGGAGUGAUAUGGUAUCUACAAAGGCCAAUCGUGCAGCCUUUAUAAGUUCCGUCAAGGAUUAUAUGGAUCUUUAUGGCUUCAGUGGCGUAGACUUGGAUUGGGAAUAUCCAGGUGACCCAGUCCGAGGAGGUAAUAAACUCGCUGAUGUUAGAAACUUCCCAGCGCUUCUACGGGAAAUGCGAGCAGCCUAUGGCACUAAAUACGGUAUUAGCUUGACGUUGGCGCCAGAUUACUGGUAUCUUCGUUGGUUCGAUGCAAAGGCAAUGGAAUCUAGUGUUGACUUCUUCGGUUUCAUGGCCUAUGAUCUUCACGGGUCUUGGGACACGGAUGUGAAGGCUCUCGGCAAGAUUGUUCGUGGUCAGGCCGAUGUUCGCGAAAUCAGAAACGACACUAUGCCCCUAUGGUUCGACAACCUAGACCCUGCGAAGAUCAACUUCGGUUUAGCAAUGUACGGCCGUGGCUAUACUUUAGCAGACCGGACUUGUAAUAAUAUGCUCUGUCCAUUUAGCGGCCCAAGUAAGCCAGCACCUUGUACGGGGCAGGAAGGUGUCAUGUCCCUUCUUGAAAUCAAGCAAUUAAUCAAGGAACGUAAUAUCCAACCAAAGUACCUACCAGACGCAAUGAUGAAACAGCUGACAUGGGACGAUCAAUGGAUUGGCUACGACGACGAGGAAACUUUCGCUGCGAAACAGAGAUUUGCCAAUUCCAUGUGCUUUGGUGGAACGAUGGUCUGGAGUAUAGACUUCCAGGCGUCUGGCUCUGGCGGUUUGAAUGAAACAAGAGGGGACGUUGUGUAUCUCGCACCUGAUGUUUAUUCCGGAACACCUGCUCAAUGCACAGCUCCUUGUCUCUUCGUUCUACCCCCUCGAGCUCUGCCUGCUCCCACGACCAUUUCAAUCGCACCUUAUGUAACAUCUCUUGAGCUCGGACCCGGUACUACUACAACGAUUACUGUAACAGUACCAGCAAUUACAACAGCCUCAAUGGAUUACUACAACUACCAAAUUUCAUCUGGCCAAGCCACGACCGGUUAUACUUUCACUCCCACCGCCAGUCUUAGUGUAUCACCCAUUACCACCACACUGAAGCUUCCAGGCGGCGCCACUCAGGUCAGAACUCUUCACCUCCCACCGUGGCCUGCAAUCACGAAUCCAUCUGGGGCGUUGACGACUGUCACUGGUAAACCGCCCAGCAGUUCUUCAAAUUCUGCUGGCACAAGUGGCAUUGGUGGAUUUAUUGGAUGGCCCGAUUUCUCGAAUACACCACCUGCCCCCCCUGAGCCAACCGUCGAUCUUCCAGUAAAGCCGCCUUAUACCCCUCCACCCAAUUCUCCUACCACCCUUAUCCCUAGUUCUACACCGACUUGGCCAGUCUUUGAGAUCAUACCCGUUCAGUCGGACGUCCCAGAAGGCGGGCAGGAUGAUGACGGAGACGGACCGAAGUCAAAAUCCACUUGCAAGCUCUGGUUCUUUUUUAUAUGCGUCAAAUGGGACGAUUUUAACAUAAAAAUUGGUGGUUGGGAAUGGAAUAUGCCGGUUGGAAUUUGGGGUCCUGGGCCUCCACCGAUCGCUAACAUCAAGCUACCUCCAGGAUUCACCCUCAAGGGAACACUUCCCCGCUGGCCCAAGAUCACAGUCCUUCCUGGUGGAAAGGUUGUUCCUCCCAGUCAGCCUGCCGAUUGCACACCUGCACAGGCUUCACUUUGUUACACAACUAGCUCGUUUGCAACUACUGUUAGUAAGGGCGCCACGAAGACAACCGCAACACAAGUGAAGUCUACCUGUGCCACGAUUACAGGCUGUAAUUUCAAAGAUGUUGAGGCGACGAAAUCCGUUGACGCAUGUAAAUUGGCUCGUCGAACCGCCGCUUAUAUGGUAAAGGACGCGCUCCCCAAAUCCACAGGCAUUGCAGACCCAUACGUGGAGAAACGAGCUACGAACAAACCAAAGUGGGUGGAGUCUGGCGCGACGACUGGAGCGUUUCUGAUUCCGCGUACUCCCUUUUCAGCCGUUGAGCGGCAAGCAAUUGAAGAUCUUCUUACUGAACGGGACACUGACCUUAUAUGUAACGGUAAGCCGUAUGGCCAUACUGAAGUCUAUGCGAAAGGGCCGAAGUGGACGGCGUACUGGCGCGUCGAAAACGUCGGAGCUGAGGUGUUGAAAUGGUUCGACUCGCCGAACUUUCCUGAGAUUGCCUUCGCCUAUGCUCAACGUGCUCGCACCUCUGUGAAGCCCCGCGAUACUCACAUCAAGGCGGUCGACUUGGCUGACAAUGGAAAUGUCACUCUUGCAUUCUCAGGAGAGAGUUCAUUCAUCUUAGACAACAUGAGUGAUGAGCAGAGCCAUGUACUGGCCAAACGAGCUUUCCAAUCAAAAGUAGAUGGGAAUUGGCAUCUCUCUCAAAUUGCUACUCCACCCAACAUUUACUUUGACGUUGAUGACAACAGAGUUGGGCAUUUCCCACAUCAAGACAAGUUCUAUAGACAAGAAGAUGACAGCCUUGGUGUUGGCCAAACAGCGUAUAUAGUAGAGGCUGGUUGGCUUCCUGGUGCUACGGAGUACGCUUCAUCGAUUCUUCCACCACUACCUAAGCCUGCUUGGAUUCCGCAAACAUUCUACGAUGGUAGCCAAGAAGAUAUUGAGCACGGCUUCUUAGUCAUGAGUUACUUUGGCGGGGCUAACGUUGGAGUGGCGAAAAAUACUAAGAUGGUCCACGUACCAUACAGCAGGAGUAUCGAAUUUGGCAUUGAAUCGAUUCUCUUUGCUUUGGUGUCGAUCGCAGAUGACCUUGAAGGCAAAGGCAAGAACACGGCCGUGAUUAACAUGUCAUUGGGAAGCCAUAAUGGAGCCUACCAAAGCAUUCUUAACCAAGUUCUUCAAAAAAUCAUGUUCAUAAUGGAGGGCCACUACGGGGUUGUUUUUGUAACUGGAGCCGGAAAUGACGGCGUCGAAGUCGUUUCAUAUCCACAAGUGAUAUCGAGAUCUCUCGCGGGUAUGCUCGUCGUUGUAGCCAACACAAAGAAUGGGGACGAUUACUCGGGCAACAACAGAGGCGAUGUCGUUAAUGCAAGGGCUCCAGGGGUGAACCUACCCAAACCUCCUAAUCAACUACUCAGCUUUUAUACAGGCCUGUUGACAGGAACUUCUUUAGCUUCCCCUCAGGUUGCUGCUCUUGUUUGCAUCUUCCGUAAUAUGCAGAAUGGGCCUAAAGCACCCGCAGAAGUUAAAGUCGCGAUCAAUCAUUUCCAUCGUAGAUUGAUCUACAGUGAUAUGAUUGAAAGGCCGUCAUCAAUUUGGAGUGGAAUGCAGCGUGAUCUGGGUGUUCCCACGUGCAAACGGGAUCUCUACGGCAGGCAAGCUUGUUCUCUACCGGGUGGGGGAAGUCCAGACACGAGCCCCCUUCUCGCGCCUCCCAUCCAGUAUCGAUAUGGUCCACCCGCGCCACUCUGCAAGGAAAAGUGUGGAACUUUAUGCUCCGGUUAUUUCUGUGCUCCAAUUCCAAGAGGUCCUAAUCCCGACUUCGUCUUGCCAACGGGCGGUAUUCCUGCACCUGUUCCUACGACACCUGUGACAGUACCUACAAAACCUACAACCAGCCCUACAGCUGUAACAAGUGCUCCUGGCGGUGGAGGAAAUAAUCCUCAACCAACUGUGACGUCUGCUCCAGCUGGAGGCGGUGGACUGUGUACCGCAACCGCAGGAGCAGGCUAUACAUGGAGCUACUGCUCAUGCCCAAGUAUGACGUUGCCUACCAUGACAGCAACCAACAAACCUUGUGGCUACACCGCUCUACCAUCGGCAUGCCGACACGGAGGAAGUCCCAAAGAAGGUACAGAGUGGUGCAAUUGCGACGACUUUCCCUACACCCUACCAGUCCUGCCUACCUCGACGAAUCAAUGUGGCUACACUAGUCUACCAAAGCCAUAUCCAUACACAUAUACUGAUGGCUCCAAAAACAUCAUUGCAUGCGCCACCUCCUCGGUUUCAAAUGGUAAAACAGACUGCGCCGGCCCGGUCUCUACCGUAUCCAAAGCUCCAGACCCAGCUCCAAGCCCUCCGCCACUCGAACCGCUUCCACCUUGUAUCACAAUCCACUCCUUCCUCUACAACAACUGGGCCACUGGUGAUGGUAUUGGUGUUGUCGUUUGGGAAAAUGGUGAAGUCGUCUGUGAUGGUCAAGAAAACGUAGUGGCAAUGAGCAGCACCUACGUCUCUCGUUGGGAUUGCAAGAAUGGAGGCAAACUGGUUGUCACUGAUAAUGCGCACGAUGUCAAGUAUUAUCCCAAAGACAAUGGAGUUGUCGCCCAGUAUGUUGAGAAAGACGGCGUACAUGAUUGGGAUCUCUGUGGGGAGACGCCUAAUGGUGGCAGUUUGAAGUGUUGGUGGUUUGAGUAUACCUUCUUCAACAGCUACUGCAAAACUUGUGCAGUGGCUCAGAUGUGUGGAGCAACGGACUGCCCGAAAUUUAAUCCAAAGUGUUAG